UUUGUGUACAUAUAUAUAUAUAUAUAUAUAUAUAUAGAGGACCCAUCCCCUUUCCCUAUCAUCCCUCUCUCUUAUAUAGCCACAAACACAGUUCGAGUUAGCCUUUAUAUGUCUGACCCUCACACUCCUUCCAGUGAGGCCCAUGUGGACCAGCCACCACCUCCUCAGCCGUCGCAGCCACCACCUCCGCCUCCACGUCCAGCCCUUGAACCACCACAGCCUCCUCUAACUAGCACUCCUCUUCCUCGUACGCUGCCUCCUCUAGACCUACAAUCCCCUCGUUCACUUGUCGUCGAGACUCCUUCUCCGACAUCUUCGGGUGGCGGCCGGAACCCUUCUCCCCGGCAGCAACAGAUGUCGCCUAGGACUGGCCCUGGCUCCGCUAGUCCCACCGGCAGGCACCCAUCUUUUCGGGGAAUAAGGUGUCGGAGCGGAAAAUGGGUGUCGGAGAUCCGGGAGCCCCGCAAGACCACGCGCAUAUGGCUCGGCACAUUCCCCACAGCGGAGAUGGCAGCCGCGGCAUAUGAUGUGGCGGCCCUGGCCCUGAAGGGUGGAGAUGCGAUCCUCAACUUCCCCCACUUGAUGAAGUCAUACCCGGUCCCAGCUUCCACAGCCCCAGCUGACAUACGGAGAGCAGCCGCUGCUGCCGCUGCCUCGAGGAAGGCCGAAGCUGGGGGUGAUGAUUCGCCACCCGAAUCAGGCCAGACGAGCAAUGAAGUAACGAAUAUUGUUCAAGAGAGUACAGCAUCGAAGCAGGAAGAAUUUGUCGAUGAGGAGGCCUUGUUUGAUAUGCCGAACUUGCUAGUGGACAUGGCAGAGGGAAUGAUGGUUUCACCCCCGAGGAUGAAUUCUCCGCCAUCUAAUGACUCGCCCGACAACUCCGACCUCGAAACCUUGUGGAAUUACUGAUGGAAUCCAGCAUGGUACAUAUUGAGGGGAUUAAUCCUGUGAACUUUCAUCAAUAUGAAUAUGAAUGGUAAACACGAAAUUGAAAACUCGGAGUGGAAAAUGUGUGUCAAUCCCAGUAAAGAGCAGAACAAAACAAGUUUUUUAUCAAAUCCGAUGAAGAAUUCUUGACGUUCACAUACCCACUUGAGCUUGUGCUGUUCUUGGUGGAAAUGAAUCAUCAUGUAAUAGCCGGAACAAUCGAAAAUUUAACAUAAUCAGAGCUUUUUGAAGUAUAGCGAA